CGGGUUUUCCGGUUCUCCGGUUUUCCGGUAACAGGAACACCGACCUCCUCGGGGCCCGCAGCUCAGCAGCGCUGGGGUCUGGGGCCGCGUCCUGCGCGUGCGUGUGAGCCUCUCAGAUUGACUGCUUCUGUUUUUCCACAGCAACUGUAGUUUGGUGCGCAGCUUAUCAGCAUUAGCGCGCCUCCCCCACCCCCACCCCCCGGGGUGGAUGUGCAUCAUCGGCAAUGUUACUGUCUCUUUAAAUUUACCCAGGAGCCCCUUAAGGAGCCCCAGGGGCCCCUAGUCAGGCUCCCCACCCAGAAGACAAUCGAGAGCCUAAAAACCCAUGAGUGGAGGCCGAGGCGGACUUCCACAGCGUCGCGCGGGGCCGUGGACUCUGCGCCACCGGAACGCGCCACUGAGGGAUCCUGGAAAAGUUCAGUUGUCCCCCCGUGCGGGGCGCGGGCUGGGGGGGGGGACAACACGAGAUCCACAGCAAUGGGUUUGUCACGGAGCGCGUGCCAGAUGCGUGGCGAGCGGCGCCGCACGUUCCUGCCGUGACAUGCUUCUGAUGUGAAAGUGGCAGCAGGAGCCGCGCGGCACGAAGGGGACCGGAGCCGCGAGGAGAUGGAGGCGCGCGAGCCCGUGGACUUGCGGCGCUCCCAGCAGUCAGAGCUGCUCUCGGUUAUUAUAGGCGGAGAGGAGGAAGCCACGCGAGAAGAAAGCGACCUGGGAGGCGAUGGUCACGGCGAGGAGGAACGGCGGGCCUGCGCGGUCACACCUGUCAAGUCGGCAAGCACCAGCUACUGGACGCUCACAGAGGGUCCGGAUCAGCCCCUCCUCCUCUCGCCCGCGCCCGGCCCCCCCGCGCGCAAACCCCGUGUCCAGAGAGCGUCCCGCCCGGGCCUGAGCCGGAUCCCGGGCCGCGACCACCGGCGGUACUACCACGAGUACUGGCGCAGCGAGUACCUGAUGGACUUUGACGCGCAGAGACACGGAAUGAUCUGCAUGGUGUGCGGCAGCUCGCUGGCCACCCUGAAGCUCAGCACCAUCAAGAGGCACAUCCGCCAGAAGCACCCAGACUCGCUGCUGUGGAGCGCCGCCGACAAAGAGGUCAUCCGCUCAGGGUGGGAGAGCCACUUGAGUUUGGGGGGGGCUCAGAGGUCAUACGCCUCUGGAGCUGAAACGCCUCUGAUGGAGGAGGAAGAGGAGGAAGAGGAGAUGAAGGAGACCCUGCAGCUGAGCCAAGGAACCGCCGCAGACCCUGCAGACCGAGCGACCCCCCCAGAAAAGCAUGGAGAAGCCUGCUCUCUGUCUCCUCACUCUGUGGAGGGGGGGAACCUCCAAGAUCCAGAGGAGGAGGAGCAGGAGGCUGCCGGACCGUCGGCGCAGACCUUGGAGCGGUACCUGAACGACUCCCUGCACGCCUGGUUUCGUCAGGAGUUCCUGAUGGAGUACGAGGCGGAGGCCGGCCGCCUGCUCUGCAUGGUGUGUGGGGCGGAGCUUCCCUCGCUCCACCUGGAUCACAUCAAGAGCCACGUGCUGGACACCCACCCCGUGUCCCUGCUGUACAGCUCCGAGGAGAAGCACUGCGUCCUGCAGGCCUGGGCUCACGCUCACGAAGAGUCAGAGAACUCGGUCAAAUCCGAACACAACACCAAAGGAAAGACGAUGGACGUCUGUGCCGAGAGCCUAAAAACCACCCAGACAGACUCAGACGUGCCGCCACAGGGGGUCGGGACCUCCACUCAGGACAUUUGUCUGAUUGGUGAGGACGGAGGUGUGGGAGCUCCGCUACAGGAACCUCCACCCAAGAGGCGGCGGCUGCAAGUGGGCAACCCGUGGCGACUGCGUCUGGACUACCUGGUGGCGUACGGGCCGCAGGGCCAGGGUACGUUCUGCAUGGUGUGUUCUCAGGUUCUCCGGGAAACCAAGGUGAGCAGCUUCCGCCAGCACAUCCAGGAGCACCACCCGGAGACGACGGCGCUGAGCCGGCAGGAGAGGGAAGCCAUGGCCGCCGCCUGGACCAAAGACUCCAGCGAGGACCCAUCGCCGGCCGACAAGAUCCCCCCAGGUGGAGGUUCGGCUCUCAGUAACGCGGCGCCAACGGCUGAACCUCCACCUCGCGAUGUCAGAGCUCGCACCAAAAGGAGAAAGGAGGGGAGUGCGAGUGGAGGAAAGGGCAAAUGGAAAGACGCUGGCUCCAGCGGCCUUGCUCCUCGCCACGGACACUACCCCGGCAAGGACCAAAGGAGGAACUACCAGAUGCGCUGGCGGAUGGAGUACCUGAUGGACUACGACUGCAAGAGACACGGCCUGAUCUGCAUGGUGUGUGGAGCUAAUCUGGCCACCCUGAAGGUCAGCACCAUCAAGAGACACAUCCAGCAGGUCCACGCCCACUCCCUGUACUACAGCGCCGAGGAGAAGCAGCAGGCCGAGCUGCGCUACACCCAGAGCGGACUGCACCUCGACGAGCACUUCACAUCCCAGGAGCACCAAGACCCGGACGGGGCCCCCUUCAGCACUUAGACGGGCGCUUCACCGGCGCCAGCCUCCACCUCGCCUGGGUGGGUCCAGCGGCUCCGCCUCUGCUCUGAUGGCGAAGACGCUGAAAGAUGAGGACAGUCAGUGACGACCGGCCGUCACGACGAGGAACGGUCCAAGCAGAGGUAGAAAACAAAAAAGCAGGUAAACGAAGAAGAAACUGAAGGUCCAGACAGGAAAUCAAAGCUUUAUUGGUCAGAUUUAGUUGUGUUAGUUGUGUUUUACAGAUCCGUUACCGACGCAGCCCUCUUGUUUGAGCGGCGAGGUGUUCGGCGGCGGCGCUACACUGGAGUGGAGCAGUCGUGUCGUCGGAAGCUCCGCCAAUUUCCAAAAAAACAGCGGUAGAAGUUCAGAGGAGCUCUGCAGCGCUCAUUUGAGUAUUUAUUGAGAUUUCCUGGUUUGUUUUUUAUGUUUUACCCGCUAAACAAAACGAUCCAUGGAGGAAAAAAACAGUCUGCGUGUUAGUCAGACGUUUGGACCGGAACUAGCGAGUCACGGGUCUUCACCGACACCGCCAUCUGAUGGUGUGAACGGAACGCCAGAAAAAGAAAUGACUGAUGAGAUGAAUGUAUUGUGAAAAAAAGAAGCACGAUUUGGUUAAGUGGUUGUCACUUUAUUGAGCUGGAGGCAGGAUUUAAUGAAAGGAUUGAGCUCUGCGGCGCCCCCUAGGCUGAUGGCGGCGCCCUCUCCGCCUCCAUCAAACCCCUGUAACCUGAGGGUCGCCUCUGACCACAUUGAUUUUCGGCGUUUUUCCCUGAACACCAGAUGAGUUCUGGCCUGUACAGAUUCUACCACACGAUUAAGUAUUUUUGGACAUAUUUAUUUUUUCAGGGGGCGGGGCUUGUUCCUUGUCAGAGCCUGAGUCUCAUCUCAGGAAGUUAACACAGCACUUUGUCCCACAAAAAUGUACUAAGUCCCCUCUCUCCUGUCGAAAGAGGCUAAAUUCUCCUUAUUGCUGAAGACAAUGAACGGCGCCGUGCAGUUAAUGCGUUCCCGCUUCCCCCGUCGGUCCACGCCCGCCGUCGGUCCACGCCCGCCGUUGCAGCACCGACUCAUCUUACCGUCAGCCUGCACAAGAACCCGUCAAUCUUUUCCUUUUCUUUUGUAUCAGCACUUUGUUUGCGUUUUUCUAAAUGUGUUUGUGACCUGGUUACAGUUUUCUGCUACUUCAUUCACCAUUUUUUUCUCUCUCGCCAAAAUAAAAAAGAAGCAAAAUCUUAGCCGAGUCGGAGACAAACGCCAUGAAAUGUCAGCGGGACGAAGCUUCUCAGGGAUCGUGCUUUGACCAACACUUGAAUGACAGAUGAGCUUUGAUGUGGAGAUGUCCGGGAACGUGGAUCAUUUCAAUAUUCUAGUUGUGAGGAGAGAAAACGUAAAGAAGCCCAAAGCAGCCACUACGUUACCCAUAAUGCUCUGUUUCUAUCUCUGCAUUUUGCAAUGACAUUUUCACCAGUUCUGCCUAAAGGGAAGAAAAAUCUGGACUUUUUUGUGAGAUUUGGAAAUAAGUGUACAUAAAAAAAUCAGAAUUUCUCUGAAGAAAAGGGUUAAAGAUGUACGUGGCUCCUUUGGCUUCUGUUGUUGGAGCCGUUUCCUGUUUGAAAUGAAGAAAACACUGGAAACGUUUGGCUGCAAACACUCCUCUGACGGCGUUUCCAAGAGUUUGACAGAGUCAUUCAAAGUUCCUGCUUCAAGGAGCUCCAGGUAGAAACCAGCUUCUCUGUUUUUGCUCCAAGGGCUCCGUUUGGAAAAAGACAAACUGUGAUGGACGGCCGCCCCUCUCCCCGUUACUUCAUCUCCGUUUCUUACACGCUGUUGCUCCUCAGCGAUCUGUGAAUAAACGUUCAACCACCA